AUGCUGCCAAUCAGCAAAAUUACCGCAGCUAUCGCUUCUGCCACCCAAGAGACAAGUUUCGCGCUCGCCAAUAUCAACUUUGACUUCUCAAUUUGUAAGUUUGAAGCACCAGAGGAAUAUCGUGGUGUUGGACAGCAUCUGUCACAGCGUCGACGAAGUGCUGCUGAAGAUGGCGAUGAGCACAUAUUCGCCCGCAAACUUGGGGCUCUAUUUUCCCAUAUUCUCCCCUCGACGCCGGAGUUAGUGACGGCAUAUGGAAAACGCUCAUCACAAAUAACAGAAGUAUUGAGCAAAAAAGGCUCGAAUAACGGCCCCUUCCAAGAUUGGGUGGGGCCCGAUGGAACAAGCAUAUGGGCUGCUGCAACGUCUGGUCCCGGGGCGAUUGCGGACCAUCUACUUGCUUGCAUGUUAGCAAGGAUAUGGCCAGCUCGUGAAGCAGUUGCCAUAUGGGAGGAGAUCAUCGCUGGAAGAAAGGCUGAACUUUUACGGAUGGAUCAGACAGAUCCCUCGUGGGUGUCCGCGAGCCUGGCAGCACGCAUCGAAAUCACGUACGAUCAAAUAAGUAGCUGGGACGCCAGUGCCAGAUCAUGGCUUCAGGUGGCUGAUACAGCAAAACUGCGACAGCAAAAGCAGCUGGAGUUGCUUGCGUCAAACAUUACGAUUCCAGCCUCAGGUUUAUGGAAAACCUUGUAUCCGGACUCCCGCAGUCGGUUCAAAGUGGGCUCUGAAGUUCUCGCGCUCACAUCUUGGCAUCUAUACCCUGAUAUUUCCGUUCUUGGCGGCGGCAACUCUGAUCCCGUACCUCAAAGGGAUGAGCUCAUCCCACCCGGGGCGAAAAUUACCCUCGGGCAGCUAAGCUGCUCACCCGACCGGCAUGGGGAGGUCUUUUGGUCUUUACCUCUCGCCUAUCUAAAGUACUACGGGGAUCCAGUCGUAUCAUCAAGCAGUAUAGGCGAGACGUCAUCUCGCCUUACUCUUUCGGAAUUCUUCUUGGUGGUCCUAGGCUCUGUAUUUUCUGGCUUAGGAAUACAGGGAGCCGAUAUUGACAAGGCCUGCGAUCUCUUCAUCAAAGUCACCGAGCUUGUUCAGGCUGCUAGUUCUCGCCGUUCUCUUCAGCAACCGCAGCCUUGGAUGGAGUACCUGGCCGAAGCCGCAAAGGACUAUAAAGAAUCCAGUCCUAAUAAUGAACAUAAACUGAGCUUAAUAAUGCGUGGACACCGACGUUACAAGAAUUUCCUCGCAGAGCCGACUAGAGAGCCGAGCCCACUCUCAAACUUGUUUGACGCCAGUACAUUGCUGCGCCUAAUGACGGAACUGAAGCAUAAAAUAAAAUUUCUCAGGCUUUUAGCUCAGGACUUUAUCAUGCAGCCAAAUGCUUUGCUAAUUCGAUACCCGAAACCCAGGAGCGAAUUCAAAGUUGACGAGCCCUUCGAGGCUAUGGACUUUUCGGAGCAACAGGCUAGACUUUUUAGGGACGUGAAUGAUACACGUACCUGGGGGUAUGCAACUGCCAAGGUUCGCAGCCAAAACCCCGAAAAGGAGAGGGUGACGCCUAACUCGGGUGUUGGUGAACACAUUCGAUGGAUGAGAAGUUUAGGGAGCAAACACAAAGGCGAGGAAGUCAGAGACUGGCCUAUGAUUCAAAUAUGGGGCCGCGGCAAUGGCGAAUUCAGUUGGUAUCAGAAAAUUCUCGGAGACCCUAAUGAUGUAACCCUUCUCAAACGGUGUGAUGCGGAAGUCGUUGACUCAUCAAAGGUUAAUAUUGAUGUCUUGCUGCUGAUAUUGAGCCACGGCUGGGUCGACAAAACCAGACUCCGACAGCUUCUAGACAAUCGCGGCUCACUCCAUCACAGUUCCACACAGUGGUUGGAGUCUUUAAGAUAUCUCGCUGCUGCCGCCGAUGUGUACAAAUUGAUGCCCAGCGCGACUAUCUCAGUUGGUGUCUUUUCCAAACCUCUAGUCGAAGCAAUGUGGAUGAAAGGACUUUCAACGAGCUCGAAGAGAUCCAACCCGGGAACAGAUACGCGCAUUAAGGAGCUGUGGGACAAUGGGUCAUUUAUUGCCCGAGCUUCCUUGGACCCUAGACAGCUUUUCAAGAGUGGUUCUGAUCUAUCACUGGGAGUAAACGGAUUCCCUGGGAUAUACAGAGGACUAUCUGAAAGAAAUAUCAAAGACACUUCUAGAGAGCAUCAUCGGAAGCGCAUCAAAUACGAAGCGGAAGUACCCGAGGUCAACUCAAAAGAACAGGAGUGGGAGCCAUAUUUCAAAUCGUGUGAAAAUAGGCUGCUAACCUAUGAAUUGAGUCGUCCCCAGACCUUUGCAUGCAUUGCAAUGUUUGAAAACCGAGACGUCAAUCUACACCCAGAAAGCCUGCAGAAAGUUAUGGCCUUGUCAGCAGGCAACUCCAUCUAUGUAGCCAUGCCACUGAUAUGUGAUCCAUUCGAGCGUCCAAAGGAGAACGAGGUAAAACACAUAAUCGGCAACAUCGGUAAACCAGGUGUGAGUUUUAUGAUACCGCCUGUUCCUUCGAAGAGACGGGUAGUCGACGAAUUCAAAUGGAGAAACGCGACACAUGCCCUAUUUGAUGGCCGAUUGGACGAUGCAUUCAAAGACACUUCUCUUCAUUUGUCUUUUACGAAAUACAAACUACCAGUCAAGUUUUCUCAUGGCUAUCAGAGUGUUGAAGGCAACUUCGUUGAGACGCUCAUCUCUGUCUUCGAUAAGCAGGAAUGGGUUGCAGAUCUCGACAUCUUGAGCGCAAUUGACGAGUCAAGGUGGGAGCCCGCCAUGGGGCUUCCCGAUCCCACCAUCGGCCUCGAUUGGAGCGGCUACAUCGGCGCCAUCCACGAGAUAUUCCACAAGAAUGCUUUGAAGAAUCCGGACGCGCCGUGCGUCACGGAAACGGCCUCCUCCACCACGCCCGAGAGGAGAUUCACCUACAAGCAGAUUUACGAGGCGUCCAACAUCCUGGCUAACCAGCUCCAUGACGCUGGCAUCACCAAUGGCGAUGUUGUUAUGAUCUAUGCCUACCGUUCCGUCGAACUUGUCAUCGCCUUCAUGGGAACCCUCGCCGCCGGUGCCACGAUUACUGUAUUAGACCCCGCGUACCCGCCGGCGAGACAACAGAUCUAUCUUGAAGUCUCACAACCGAAAGCCCUGAUCACAAUUGGCAGAGCCAGGGACGAGAACGGUGCUUUCGCGCCGCGUGUCCAGAAGUACAUUGACGAGGAAUUGAGUCUCAAAAUACGAGUCCCCGAGCUACGGAUGAGCGAUGAUGGCCAUCUCACCGGUGGCGAAGUUGACGGAAAGGAAGUUUUUACCGACACUGAAAGCAAAGCAUCAGCGCCUCCAGAUGUUCUGGUGGGACCGGACUCUACGAGUAUCCUGAGCUUUACCAGCGGCACGACAUCCACACCCAAGGGCGUGUUGGGCAGACAUUACAGCUUAACCAAGUACUUCCCGUGGAUGGCCAAAACUUUCAACUGGACCUCGGACACAAAAUUCGCUUGUCUAAGUGGUAUAAGCCAUGAUCCCAUCCAGCGGGACAUUUUCAGUCCGCUGUUCAUGGGCGGAGAGCUAAUUUGCCCUGCUCGCGAGAAUAUCGCCCACGAAAGGUUGGCUGAGUGGUUCCGCGACCACAAACCCAACGCGGUCCAUUUGACGCCCGCGAUGGGCCAAAUCUUGGUCGGUGGUGCUAAGGCGGAGUUCCCCUCAUUGAAGUGGGUUCUUUACGUUGGUGAUAUUCUAACCAAGAAGGAUUGCGCUGCGCUCCGCAAGCUGGCGCCCAACGCGGAGAUUUGCGCUGCGUAUGGUACCACUGAGACGAGCCGCAGCGUAUCAUACUACCACAUCAAAAGCCACGCCGAAGAUCCGAAUGCAUUGGAUCAAUUUGGCGAUAUUGUUCCUGCCGGAAGGGGCAUUGAGAACGUCCAGCUCCUCGUAGUCAACCGGGAAGAUCCAACCAAGCUUUGCAGCGUCGGUGAGAAAACCAAGGAAAAGUUCGUCGACAACUGGUUCGUCGACAACCAAAGGUGGGUCGAGGCUGAUGAUAAAGUUGCCGAUAACGCCAAUCAGCCCUGGCGAAAGUAUUACAAAGGCCCACGAGAUAGAAUAUACAGGAGCGGUGACUUGGGGUAUUAUUUGGACGAGUCUGGUAAUUGUGCAAUUACAGGCAGAGCUGAUGAUCAAGUCAAAGUCCGUGGCUUCCGUAUCGAGCUCAAUGAGAUCGAUAGCAACUUGAGAGGGCACCAUUUAGUCCGCGAGUGUAAGACGCUGCUUCGAAGAGACCGAAACGAAGAGCCAACACUGGUCAGCUACAUUGUGCCUGAACACCAAGAGUGGCUCAAGUGGCUAGCAGAACACGAGCUGGAAGACACUGAGGAGCUGGGUACCGAGAUCGGACCCGUCAUUGUGUAUUCUAAGCGCUAUCGACCAAUGCAAACGGAGCUUCGGGAUCAUCUCAAAUCUCGGUUACCAGUUCACGCUGUGCCGACUUAUCUCAUCUUCCUGAAGAAGAUGCCUUUGAACCCCAACGGCAAAGUUGACAGCCCAAACCUGCCGUUCCCGGAUGCGGCCCUGAUCUCGGAAGAGGCUUCAGAGGAGGAUCUGAAGAGAUGGGAAACGCUCAGCAGCACCGAAAAGGAACUGGCGGAGCAGUGGGCAACACUCAUCAAUGGUGUAAAUGCCAAGACUCUGCAGCCCGAGUCUGAUUUCUUUGAAACUGGUGGGCACAGUCUGCUGGCCCAGCAGCUUCUUCUCAAUAUCCGCAUGAAUAUGGGGACCAACUUGUCCAUCAGCUCAUUGUACUCGAACUCAUCCCUCAGGGCUCUCAGCACACAGAUUGACCGCCAGCGUGAGGGCAAGAGCGAUUCGGGCGCGACAGAGGACGGCGAGGCUGCAUAUGCCCAGUCACUUGACAAGCUGCUCGGUAGCCUCGAUGCCAAGUAUCAGACGGCGGAUCCUGCGGCACUCUCGCCGGCAGGCAAGACGACCGUCUUUGUGACUGGCGCCACGGGUUUCUUGGGCUCUUACAUCGUCAAGGAUCUGCUCGAGCGCGAGAACGUACACGUCAUUGCCCAUAUCCGUGGAACCAAGGGCGUCUCGGCCGCCCUCGAGCGGCUCCAGAAGUCCCUCCGCGGAUACAGUGUAUGGCAGGAUUCUUGGGCCACUAGGCUCAGCGCAGUCAUUGGUGACCUGACACAGCCGCGUCUUGGACUUGAUGACGACACAUGGAAGAUGCUUGGCGACGCUGUCGAUGUGGUUAUCCACAACGGCGCCCUCGUCCACUGGGUAAAGCAGUAUAAGCAUCUCGAGCGUAGUAAUGUUCUAUCAACAAUCGAUGCCCUGCGGCUUUGUAACCAGGGCAAGCCCAAGCUUUUCUCAUUCGUUAGCUCAACAAGCGUCCUAGACACGGAUUACUAUAUCAACCUGUCACAAGAGCAGACCAGCACUGGACAAGGCGCUGUCAUGGAAGCAGAUGACCUGAUGGGCAGUCGCAGCGGUCUCGGCACCGGAUACGGCCAGACCAAAUGGGUAUCUGAACAGCUUGUCCGCGAGGCUGGCAGACGCGGCCUCCUCGGAUCUGUCGUCCGACCCGGCUAUAUCCUUGGAGACGCUGCCACCGGUGUGUGCAACAACGACGACUUUCUCAUCCGCAUGCUCAAGGGCUGUAUCCAGCUGUCUAGCCGUCCACACAUUAUCAACACAAUCAACGCCGUGCCUGUUGGUCACGUCUCUACUGUCGUCGUCGCAGCCAGCUUCAACCCCGUCCCAGCCCAAACUGUAAACAGCAACAGCGGCAGGGGCGACGUCGGUGCCCACGUUAUCCACGUCACUGCCCAUCCUCGCCUGCGCAUGAACGAGUAUCUCUCCAUCCUGAGCUACUACGGCUACGAUGUUCCCGAGGUGGACUACGACCAUUGGAAGGCUCAGCUCGAGACCUUUGUCUCAGCAGGUCCUGUCCAGAAAGACGAGGAACAGAACGCUCUAAUGCCUCUUUUCCACAUGGCGACAAACAAUCUUCCCACAAACACCCGCGCGCCGGAACUAGAUGAUCGUAAUGCUGUUACUGUCCUCAAGGCCGAUGCAGACCGGUGGACAGGUGUCGAUGAGAGUGCUGGAGAGGGCAUUAGCAGGGAAGCUGUUGGUCGCUUCUUAAGAUAUCUUGCUGAAACUAAUUUCCUGGCGUGGCCAACAAAACGAGGUAGGGAGCUGCCGGCUAUUAAUGCUGAUGUUAUUGAGGCGCAGGCAAAAUGGGGUGUUGGAGGACGUGGUGGUGUAGCAUAA